CCGGCGAAAGGAAAUGAAAAGGAGGCUACAUAAGAAAUACUUGAUUUUGAUCCUGGCAUAUUCAGGUUUACUUCUGCUAAUCCCGUAUGUGUUAGAUUACCGGGAUAAAUCCGUUCAACACGCGAGACAUGGACCGCCGCAGCAACAACCUAGAUGCCCAGAUUUGGAGAACACAGUGGCGCUGCUGUGGGACAACGUUAACGGUUACAAACUUAACGGCAGCGACGCGACGGAGCACGCCGUCAACCGGAGCCAGUCUCGGAUACACAUCUACUUGCAUGCCACCUGGAGGACUGGCUCCUCGUUUUUGGGGGAGUUGUUCAACCAGCACCCCGAUGUUUUUUACCUGUACGAGCCAAUGUGGCACAUAUGGCAGGCUCUGUACCCGGGGGAUGCGGGCAGCCUCCAGGGCGCAGUGCGGGACAUGAUGAACGCCCUGUACCGCUGUGACUUCUCCGUCCUCAAACUUUACGCCGGCUCGCAAAACAUCACCACUUCGUUCAUAUUCGGCUGGAAAAUGAACAAGGUGAUUUGCUCGGAGCCGCUGUGUGAUGCGCACAAGCGGCACGAAAUCGGGCUGGUGAAAGAGGACCAGUGCGCGAAGUGCCAAAAGCGGGACAUCAGGGAGCUGGAGAGGGAGUGUAAAAAGUACCCGGUGAUGGUGAUCAAAGGAGUCCGUGUUUUGGACCUGAGCACGCUGGUUCCUUUGAUGAAAGACCCGGCGAUAAACCUCCAGAUCAUUCAGCUCUUCAGAGACCCGAGGGCCGUGCACAACUCCCGCUUGAAGUCCAAACAGGCCCUGGUGAAGGAGAGCAUCCAGGUGCUGAGGAGUAAGAAGCAGACCGACAAGUACAAGCGGCUGCUGGUGCCGAGCAACAGGGUGAACCGGGCUGAGAGUUAUGUCUCCAGCGCCAUGGAGCUCAUCUGUGACAACUGGCUCAGUGACAUGAUGCUGGUGAUGAACGCGCCUCCCUGGGUGAGGAGGAACUACGUCCGCACCCGCUACGAGGACCUGGUCCUGAACCCCAUGGAGGAGCUCCAGAGGCUCUACCGCUUCGCCAACCUCUCCACCUUCCCCGCCCUGGAGAGGUUUGCGCUGAACAUGACGCACGGUCAGGGGUAUUCAUCGGAUAAGCCGUUCCUGAUCUCAUCUAGAGAUGCAAAAGAGGCUAUAUACGCGUGGAGGGAGCGACUCAAUGUCGAGCAGAUACAUCAGGUGGAGGCUUACUGCAGCGAAGUCAUGAGGCAGCUGGGGUAUGAGAAAAACAGCAUGGACAAAGCAACAUGAGGAUGCGCCAUUUGGAAUCGAUUAAGGGGCCUGGUAUUCGAGGCUGAGGGUUAAAAGGUGGAAUAACAAAACAAGCAAAGCUGGAAUGUGGCCCACCGGGAGCUCGCAAGCACGGCUCUCGGGUUGUUUUCCUUCAGCCGAGCCGGGUCGAUGAACUGGAGAAAAUCCAAGUGGAAAGAGCAGCCAAUCACAGACAGAUGAAUUUGAAACGGGGGAGAAGGCAGCUUAUUUUUACAGUGUUACCUGUUUAACACCAGCAGCGGUCUAUGUGGAUAAAGAGAAUGUGGGAGAGGAAAUAAACAAGAAGAGAGCGAUGAGGCCGGUUUGUGCUGCCCUUACACAGGCCUGCCUCUAUCCUUCCGUCCUUUUAGUAGCACUAAUCCCUCCGCAAAUCCCCUGCAGGUAAGGGCCAUAAAAAGCCAGAGAUGGGUCCUUCUUGGGAAAUGAGUGCCAGGAUCAAGGGUGGCAGCACCGGGUUCGCUCUCACCUGCAUGACUUAUCCGUCCAGCCUAUGACUAAGCGCGGUAGUACUCUCGAGCAUUACUGAUACUUAACUGCAGUUGGCUCACUAACAAUGCCAAUGUAGAUGCUUUGAAAGAAGGAACUACAGUAUUUUCUUGAAAAGAGGCCCGACUGAGGAACUAUUGUUCCACCCCCGGGCCCCUCGGGAAUCCAGACAGCUGCAACGCCCCACUGACAAAACACUCACAUGGGUGUGAAAUUUUCUAAUAUCCCACGGACGUGUCUUGGUAAGCUGCCUCUGUCCUCUGUCAAUGAUCGUUUUAGCAAGUUUUCACAAACCCAACAGACAGUACUGAUUCAUAUUGUGUACCAUUCUUACUGUUUUUAGUUUUUGUCUAAAAUAUUGUAAAAUGCUGUGACACCCCUCUGGUUAAGGUUGUGUUGAGGAGGGGUAAGAAGUUUACCAGCGUACACGUGUUCAACUUUAGAAGUUGGUUUUGUAAUAAUUGUUCUGGGUGAAAUACCUGACGAAGUUCUCUUGUUAAAGAAAGAAAUAACUUUAAGCCUAUUUAAACUGACUUCAAUAAAGAGUUAGUAAAAACUA